AUGAUUCUUGAUCCCGCUAAGCCUUCUCUCAUAGUCCCUCCGGCGGAGCCGGUGCUGCAGCGGUGGAACAGGAAGGGGACGGUGCCGGCUAUGAUUGGUGGCCCAAUCCAUCAGCUCAAUAGCACUUCGGGAGCAAUUAAUACUUUUGUAAUUGUUAAACCUCCAAGGGCAUCUUUUGUCCCAACAUUUGUUCCAUCAUCUGGAUCUAUUGCAAGGUUGUCGGGGUCUUCACAAACCCCCUUCAGAGUUACUGUACUUUGGAAGCAUGAUUCCAACAGUGUUCUAAGUGGAUUGCUGUAUGAGAAGUCUGUUAAAGACUCCCGGUCUGAGCUAGCUAUAUCUAACUAG